AUUCCUUCUGGAUAUAACCACAAAUUGAUAAAGAAAAAGGAUAUUUUCUGCAUGCUUCACUUAAGGCUCAGGUGACUGCCGCUUGUGGCUUUGACAUGAAAUUCAAGGGUAUUAAACCCCCAGUUUAGCAAGAUAGAUGAACACGUUUGCAGCAGGACUUCCAGAGAGGACUGGGCAAGUGCUCACAGUUACCUACCCAGGUGAGGGAGCAUUCACAAGGCACAAUUCCACUGGCAGAGCUGGGGCAGUUGGCAACAUCUAACACAGAUGUGGCGACAGGCAGCUAGGAAUGGUACAGCUGUUUGCCAGUUCCAGGAAAUUUGUCUCAUGAGGAUUAGACAUCUGCAUCUAGACAUCGCUGCCAUCUGCAAUACAGACAUUUCUAUCAGCGGAUAUGACCAGGAAAACCUACUGUUUAUAUCAUAACCGUAAGAAUGCAGUCGCUUUAUCAGAGAAUUGGCACUUGUUCCUCAUGUUUGAAGAGACAACUAAAUGGCUUCCCAGGACUAAUUAAAUGGCAGAGAAGACUAGUUCCUGCUUGUGUCAGAACUAUUUACAGUGAGACGGGGAAAUGGGAAAAAAGCUAUGGGUUGGAGACAAGAAAAAGAGUUGAAAAAUGGUGGCUCCCAAGAAUAAAGGAUCAGUUCUGCAAAAUUUCAGAAACAGAUAAAUCAAGACCAAAAUUUUAUGUGCUUUCUAUGUUCCCAUAUCCUUCUGGAAAGCUUCACAUGGGCCACGUUCGUGUCUACACCAUCAGUGAUACAGUAGCUCGGUUCCAGAAAAUGAGAGGGAUGCAGGUGAUAAAUCCAAUGGGAUGGGAUGCAUUUGGUUUACCAGCAGAAAAUGCUGCAGUUGAACAUGGGCUUCACCCUGCAAGCUGGACACAAAGUAAUAUUCAACACAUGAGGGAACAGUUUGAUGCACUAGGUCUGUCUUUUACAUGGGAAAGGGAGAUAACCACUUGCUUACCAGAGUACUACAAAUGGACACAAUAUCUCUUUCUUAAACUUUUUGAAGCUGGGAUAGUGUAUCAAAAAGAGGCCUUGGUUAACUGGGAUCCAGUGGAUCAGACUGUUCUAGCUAAUGAACAGGUGGAUGACAAUGGUUGCUCAUGGCGUUCAGGAGCAAAAGUGGAACAGAAAUACCUCAAACAGUGGUUUAUCAAAACUACUGCUUAUGCAAAGGCUAUGUUUGAUGCUUUGUCCGAUCUCCCCGAGUGGUACGGUAUAAAAGAAAUGCAAGCAAAUUGGAUAGGUGACUGUGUUGGAUGCUCUCUUGACUUCUUGCUAAAGGUUAAUGGUAAAGCAACAGAAGAGAAGGUAGCAGCUUACACCUAUACACCUGAAGCCAUUUACGGAGCUUCCCAUUUAUAUAUCUUACCAACUCACAGACUGCUGCAUGGCAAUAGCAGUCUCAAGGAAGUCUUUCAGAAGGAGUUCAUCCCAGGCAAAGACUCGGUUACUUCAGUGACAGCUGUGAAUUUGCUUACCAAUCAGGAGAUUCCUGUAGUCAUCUCAGCAAAAGACAAUUUUGAGAAUUAUCUUGAUACUAAAAUAGGAAUACCUAGUACAAGUGCAGAAGAUGCCGCAGUAGCUAAGAAUCUGGGCAUUCCUUUCACUGAAGUCAUUGAAACAUUGCCAAAUGGUUUGGAGAAAGUCAUUAAUUCUGGGGAGCUCACAGGCAUGACUCGGCAGGAGGCUUUGAAAGCUGUUACCCAGCAGGCCAAAAAUAAGGGAAUAGGUGGAGACCUAACGAGUGACAAAUUAAGAGACUGGUUAAUAUCUCGACAGCGGUACUGGGGGACACCUAUUCCGAUCAUUCACUGCCAGACGUGUGGCACUGUCCCUGUGCCCUAUGAAGACUUACCCGUGGUGUUGCCCCACGUAACCACCUUCACGGGAAAGGGAGCCUCACCUUUAGCAACUGCUCCAGAGUGGGUGAACUGUUCCUGCCCGAGGUGUAAGGCAGCAGCACGGCGGGAAAUCGAUACCAUGGACACAUUUGUUGAUUCCUCUUGGUACUACCUGAGGUACACUGACCCUCACAACAGGGACAGGCCCUUUAAUAAUGACUUAGCAGACUACUGGAUGCCUGUGGAUUUGUACAUCGGAGGAAAGGAGCAUGCAGUUAUGCACUUAUUCUAUGCGAGGUUUUUCAGCCAUUUUUGCCAUGACCUAAAGAUGACAAAACACAAGGAGCCUUUUCAUAAGCUUUUGGUUCAAGGUAUUAUCAAGAAUCAGACGUUCAGGCUAACAACAACAGGCCAGUGUCUGAAGAGGGAGGAGGUUGAUCUUACUGGAACUGAACCAGUUCACGUAAAAACUGGUGAGAAGCUCCAAGUUGCUUGGGAAAAAAUGAGCAAAUCUAAGCACAAUGGAAUAGACCCUGAAGAAUUAGUGAAAGAGUAUGGCAUUGACACCCUACGUCUUUACAUUCUGUUUGCUGCUCCUCCAGAACAAGAUAUUUUGUGGGAUGCUAAGACUGAUGCUAUGCCUGGUGUUCAGAGAUGGCAGACGCGCCUCUGGACACUUGUGUCCAAACUUAUUGAAGCAAGGACUUCAGGAACUGUACCCAAUCCUGAGCUUCUGAGUAAGAAAGAGAAGGCUGAAGCCAGAAAGAUCUGGGAACAGAAGAAUCUGGUGAUAUCUGAGGUAACAGAGUGCUUCACAAAGGAUCAUUUGUUCAACGCGGCUAUUUCGCGAUUGAUGAGCCUCAGUAACGUACUCCAUCAAGCCUCUCGGCCUCUUAUUCUCCACAGCACAGAAUUUGAAGAUGCUUUGGCUACACUCUGCAUCAUGGUUGCACCCAUGGCUCCACACAUUGCAUCAGAGAUGUGGAAAGGUUUGGCACAUAUGCAGAAUAAACUCUGUGCUCAUCAUGGCUGGGAUGUUGAUGUGCUGCAUCAGUCCUGGCCCAAAGUAGACCCCGAGUACCUUCAGCCAUCGGAUGUCGUGGAGAUGUCUGUUCUGAUCAAUAACAAAGCUUGCGGCAAAGUUUUAGUGCCUCAGCAGGCAGCGCGCAAUUUUGAAGAAGUCCACGAGCUAGUUCUUCAAAGUGAACUUGGAGUCAAGCAUCUCCAGGGACGAACCAUUAAAAAGGCCUUUCUGUCUCCCAGAACUGCCCUUAUCAACUUCUUAGUGCAAGAAUAGCACUUUGCUGGGCUGUAAAAGGGAACUGGAAUCUUUGGAGGCAAAACUGAUUCAAAAAUACCAAUAAUGGUGGUUUAAAUCUCAUGUAACAGUGGGGAAGAAAUGUCAUUAAAAUCAGGCUGCUGCUAAAUCUUCAUUUCGGCGUGGAGAAAUGCACGGAAUUAAAGUUUCUUGCCGGGUCACAGCAAGGUGCUGUUUGUCCUGUUCUCUGGGAGGAGAAUGAGAAGGAAGCACAGAAGAACAAAAUGCUUGUAACAGAAUGUAAAUGAUAUAAAGUGCAGGGGUUUUUCGUUUCAGCCUCGGGAAUAUAUCCUGUUGGAAAGUUGGCUUGACUAAAUGCAGAAGCAUAAAUAUGAUUCCAGGACUAAACAAGUGCCCUGAGUACGUGCGACUCCAAAUGUUAGGUGAGCUGCAGUCAGUCUUUGCUCCCUAGAGCUCAUGUUUGGGUACCCUACCAUUAACUAACAUUUUAAGUUGUAAGAAAACGUUACUGCAGACUGUUAAAUUAAAAAAGGAUUUGUUUAGCGCUGGCCUUGGGCACAGCAGGUAGCCAGAAUGGGGUGGAUUGAUAGAUUUCACAUACAUUUCAGAGCCAAGCCAAGAAAAAGGUCAGAUUAUGAUCCAAGCCCUGCUUUAGCCAGGAUCCUCCUUCCUCGCUGGCAUAUUUUUGUUGGCUCAUACAUGAGAGGUUCAGAUUCAGCAAAGUGCUGGCAGUUGUUUCUGCACAGAAGAGACUGGAAGGUAGCUCCUACACAGGAGCCAUCUCAGAGACUUUCAGGGGGGAUUCAAGAAAGAGUCAGCUGCCAGAGGGCAGCUGUGGGGGAGGCAGACAGCAUGCUUUUUGCCUCUACUCCUAGUUCUUGGAGUGCCUAGAUCAUAAAACUUGAAUCAACGUUCUUCCUUUUUUUUUUUUUCUCUUUUUCUGACGGGUUCAUUAAGUGGAAAUAGCCAUCAUGUUUCUAAAAAUCAAUCAGACUUUCAUAAAACACAGCCAUUCUCACGCCUCAUUUCAACCAUUUUAUUUCUAGGCUGCAUUGCUUGUUAUAUCCACAUGGAAAUGUUUAUUGUAUUUAGCAAAUGCUUGAAAAAGGGUUUCCAAAGAGACAAUUACAGGGUUCAUUGUGUAAAAAUGUCUUUUCUUUAACAGCCAUUAAACUAAGUAGUCCAAUAAUCCAGCCAUUUAUGAGCCGUUCUGACAGUAAAGAAGUCAGCAAUAAGAACCAGGCAAAUAGAGAGGACUAUUAACCCUCCAGCCCAGCAGUCACCCAGACUCUGUAUGAGACCAAAAGGAAACCAACAAAAAUCUCGCUUUUAACAGUAAAUAAGUCCAACAGAUGCUGAGCAGCUAGGAUCAAGAUGGAUCCCAUCGCAGUGUGAGUACCAGCUAAGCAAUAACCAUAUUCAUUUUGGUUUUAUGCAUUUUUGGUACCAAAAACCUGGCUGCAUAGCAGAGAUGCCAGGCUCAGCGAGCAGAUUCAGCUCGACACAUCCCUGCUUCUCCCAACAAAACUCUUCUGAUUUUUGCUUCCUCCUGGAGCACACUUAGGCAGGCAGAUUUUCUCUUCCUUGGACACAAGAAUGACUAUGGAACGGAAAAUUUAUAAUGAAGAUACGGUCUUUGCAGUUUUAAGACUCCAAAAUUCUCAGCCACAAAGGAAUGCAUUCAGACAUUCAAACACAGGCCUUUAGUUGGAGUUAAAAUAAUUUGAAUUCCAGUGUCUGCUUGACAUAUAUGUUGUUAUAAAUUCAUAAAACUCCUGUUCAGAAGCCCCUAAAAGGACUGUGAAAGAGAUCCUUUAAAGUAAAGUCUCUAGCACAGCACAGUCCUGCUUUUUUUUCCUGUACAAAAAUUUUAACGCACCCCGUGGAAGCGUUUUAACCAAAGUGUUGCUUCGGGAGGAAGGUGACAUGUUUGGUGUAAAUAAAAACUUUUCAAAUUUA